CUGAAACUGAGACAUAGAAGGCGCUAUUUUAAAAUUGGUUGGCUUCCUGUGGGUCAUCAAUGUGAUAGUCAUAAUCGCAUUGACUACAAAAAUUAUGUAAAUUUUAGUUCUACUAAUAAUCACCUGGUGUUUAAUAAAAUGUUUCGAAAUGUUGGGCGUUUAUUUCGAUACUCUCUUGACAGAAGAUGUUCAAAUUUAGUAGAUGUGGAUUCAAAUAAAGUGUACGAUGAGUUACUGAAGAAAUCAUACUUACUACCUGAAAAUGGGCAUAAUGUUGUGAUUAUUCAACCACGAACUUAUCAAAUUGUUUAAUGUUUACAUUAAAGAUUUAAAAGGUGUAUUUUACACUAGGAUCAACAACAGCCUAUCAUACUCACCUAAAAAUGAUCCCAAUGUAGACGAAGCUAUCGCUCUUGUGGAUUCAUUAGGAUUUUGGACUACCGUUGGUGUGAUAUUUUGCAAUGUAAAAGCCACCAAAACUAACAAAGGACCGUUUUUUAGUAAAGGUAUAUGGCAAAAUGUAUCAGAGUCUGUAAUUGCUUAUCGUGAUGGGAAACAGUCUGUUCAAACUGGUGAUACACUUCCUAACGAAAAAAAUAACUCAUCCUCUGAUCAUACAGUUAAAAAGCGAGCAACAGCAGUCCUCGUAAAUUGGCCUCGUUUAACAACACUACAACUGGAACUUAUGCAACAGGCCUGGCUAAUGCCUGUUUAUGAUCGUUACACCCUCGUUGUUCAGCUUUUUAAUCUUCGAUCUCGUACUCCAGAAGCAAAACUUCAAGCAAAGUUAGCUGAAAUUGGAUUACUUCGAGCUCGUAUUCCAGCAUUUUUUGAAACACCUAAUAUGAUUAAAUGCUUGGUUGAUAGGUCAGAUUUCGCUACAAAGGAACGUUUAUUACAAAUACUUAAUCAAACAGAAGUUAGUCUUUUAAAUCAAUUGGAAAAAAUUUCCAAACAACGUAUUCAUCAUAGGCGUAAUCAUAGACGAGAUAUGGAGAAACAUCACUUACCACUGGUUGCUGUUGUGGGAUAUACCAAUGCUGGUAAAACAAGUCUUAUACGCUAUUUAAGCAAAUCAGACAAACUUGCCUCAUCCCCAGAAGUGUUCGCCACUUUGGAUAUCACACAUCAUCGAAGUCGGUUGCCUAUACUUCCAAAUAAAGUAGAAGAGAACAAUAUGACUUCUGAUCAGUUGUUUUCUGAGAAUGGCAGCGAUGGUGGUUGUUCUAAUAGUAUAGGGUUGCCUGGGAUACAAAUGUUACUGUUGGAUACAAUAGGAUUUAUGUCUGAUCUUCCAACUAAUUUAUUGGCUGCGUUUCGAGCUACUUUAGAUGAAUGUUUAGAUGCAGUGAGUUUGUUGCGUGUCUGUAUUUCUUUCAUUACACAAUCUCAUGUUGUAACCAAAUUACGGAUUAGCUUGUUGUUUUCAUUUGAAGGAGUUUUUACCACUAUAAUGGUAUUCAUAUAUCAACUUUAAAUGAUAAAUGUUUUGCCUUGAAUCUCAGAAACUACCCCCUUUCGAAAGGAUGACACAAGCUUAUAUUUCAAAUUCUUAUGGGUUUUUCAUCUGUUGUAUUGUGCUAGCUGACAAAACUUAUGAUACGUACACAUACACAUUUAUAUCAAUUAGGUAAUUUUUGUCGUGUUUCGAAGAUACUACUGUAUGUUAGCGCUCACUAGACUUGCAGUAUUUUUAAGAAUGUAACUUAUUGCCAAAAUUCGGAUUGAUUGUUCUUACCUCCGCUUUUUAAUUUGAUGUUUGAAGUUUGUAAAUCAAAAAAUAUACAAUGAAAUCUACCUAUUCGUAACUUUUGUUCUUCCUGUGUUACUACAUUCACUUAACCUAUGUUCGUUUUGUUGUUCAUGCAAUUAUCCAUGAAUUUUAGGAUCUAAUUUUGCACAUAGUUGAUGUAAGUCAACCUAAAUGGCAAUUACAAGUGAAUCAUGUAGAGGAGCUGUUGUGCAAUAUUGGUGUUAUAAAAAAACCGACAAAUUCUGGACAUACAAACGAUUUCAAUGCAUUUGAACUACCUCAAGUGUUAAAAAUCGGUAACAAACUAGAUCGAAUGUAAGGAAAGUAAGAGGUCAUUUUCUUGUUGACUUUUGUGAGAAUGUGUAAUAUCUGAAUUCCAGAUUAAUAUAAGGGUAUCAUUAAAGUAUAAGGUCAAUUUAUUUCUUGUUACAUAACAGUACAAUCUUGCCUAGAAUAUAAAGGUGUAUACGAUAAAGUACACUUUGCUAUUUCGCCAAAAUGUUGUUGCUUGGAAUAAGGGAAACUUUUGUUUGCGAUCCUGUAAGGUCUCAUAUUUAAUCAUAGACGUUUAGUCAUCAGAAUUCGUGACUUUAUCAAAAGCGUAUGAAUAUAUGAAUUGGCAUGGAAAUGCCAAAAAAGGUAAUUUGUAUGUAUAUCAGUAUUAAGUUUGCAGACUUCUUAAAAAAUAUUUUCAUCACCUGAUAAGUGUAUUAUCUAAAGAACUGAUGCUUGCUUGGAAGCUUAUCCUGUCUGGUUCUAAACAUGAUGAAGAGCGGAAGCAACUUACUUAGGGUGGUAAAAAACCUACCCAAUGAUUGCGAGCAGUGGUAGGUAGCGAAAGAAAAUGAAAUGGAAAGGUAGCGGUGAUAGGUAAUAACAGGUAACUAUUUAGACUUAUCAAGGAAAUGCGUAUUAAAAAUCCGGCUGUCAAUGAAACUAUCCCGGAAAAAGAUGCGAAUAUUAUUCACUCUCAAUUCAAGAGAGUGGACUAAAGGGUAAAACAGUCCAACUGACCUUCAGGUUCUGUGGCAGUAUCCGUCAUUCGAAGGCGUACUGAAAAAUGCACCAACGCUGUACAGGUUCCCUACCCGAACACUACUGGUCGAGUCAGAGCUUAUUAGAAACUGCUAUUCAAAUCCUUAACUUCAAAUGGUGUUCGUAAUGGUUGUCUACUUUCCCUAUUUUUAUUUAUUUUUAUCAUAGAUAUUCUUCCGAGAAAACGCUCCCGUUUGAUUUCUCAAUGGUUGAUCACUUAUCAGAAGAUUCACUUUCCAACUUAUUACUUGCAAAUGACAUAGUUCUGUUUGAUAAAGACACUGAAAAAUAGUCUUGCGAUCAACUUGAGCAAUAGUGCAAGCAUUUUUGUAAUGUGAUUCUCUCCCCUCUAAAUACAAAGUGUUACUUCAGGACUGACCUGCAUCAGCACUUGAGUUAAUGAUAUGGAGUGAAGUAGUAACGUGUAUCGACCAUUUCACUUAUUUUCAGAGUUUCACCAGUCUUAGUGGAUUGGUGUCUGACAAAAUCUCUACACGAAUUCAGAAAGCUCGAUUGGCCUUUCCCAACUUGACCUAUUUAUGGCGUAGACAAGAUAUCUGUCUGCCAACUAAAUAACGUGUAUGGUGUGCAGCCUUUCGCUCUGCUCUAUUUUAUAAGUGUGAAACAGCCGUUAAGAAUUGAAGAUACUCGUAGGUUAUUAGUAUUUAAUCGUAGGUGUCUUGAAAGCAUUUCUCGUGCAUUUCAGUUCUACUGAAUAAGCAAUGCCGAGGUUAAGCGUAUGAUACUAGAUAAAGAUGGUAAAUCGAUUGAUGGGGUGGUACAUUAUAGUCAUAUAAGGUGGUUGAAACAUCUAUUUCAUAUAAACGACCACUGCCUACCUCAAUGGGUGGUCUGAUCUGAGAGUAGGUUAAAAAAAGAUAGGUGUGGUCAAAACAAGACUUGGUACCACCUAUAAAGUCAUUAUUAAUUGGACUGAGGGAUGUUAAUAGGUGCAAACUACCCGUUUGGGGUCUGCGUGACUAUUUUAACCGGUGGUUAGAGACUUUAAAUGGCAUGGCUCAAAAUCGUUCGCGGUGGCUCAGGUGCAUCGACUCUGUCUUCCCCCAGAUCCUAAGUUUCUAAAUUCCUGAUAAUGUUUUUGUUUCACCGAUUUCUAUCUUCUUGAAGCAUAUAUCCAGUGCCUAGUCUUCUCUGUUGUUACCACUUCUACUACUCCAGGAUUUGGCCUAGCAAUUUCAUCCCACUGUGCUAAUGAAGUAUGGAAACCUGAUCAGGUGUACACACAUGCUAGGUUCUACGUUGCAUUCGACUUAAGUGAUUGACUGCACCCGUCUCUGACAUGUAAAUAAAUCAUCAUUCGCUGACAUGAAAUAUCGGCUAUCUUUUAUGUGGAAUUCACUCCGGAAUUGUUGAUGGAGGGCAGAAUGUGUUAAUUCCCCUAGAAAUCACUUACUAAUUAUUUUGUUAUUUUAGAGAUUUGAAUCUCUACUUUGCACACCAAGUCUUCCUACGGUAGUUAUCCUUUAGUUUGUCGUGUUUAAAGACUUUUUUAAUUGACUCUUAGCUCUUUAACCAUAGCAGAGUUUGCCCUAUUUUUAAGGUCAUUCUCGAUAAUGUGGUUAUCCGCUUGUAUUGGUUGCUUAAAUCAGUCCUUUUUGUCUUCCCUACAAGAUGUUUUUGCAGUAGCUGUGGCCAGAAGGAAAAUAGAGGCUGUGGUAUCCAGAUAUCAGAGUCAAAACUAACAGUUACUGACAUUAGUUUAACGCACAUUAGAAAUCGUUUUGGUAAACACUUAGUUGACUAAAAUUAAUCACCAUAUAUAAAAUGGUAGGAGUUAAGUAGCUGAUACAUAUUUUACUAUAAACAUUAUAUAUUAUGUACUUAUUAAGUUACUUUGUUUUUUUUUUGUAUGUACUUUUUAGUGAAUCAAAUGAUGUGUACACUGGAUUUGAUGCAUUAAUAUCUGCUAAAACUGGGACAGGUAUGAAAGAGUUGACUUCAAAAGUUCAACUAGCUUUAAUGAAACGUCUUGGAUGGUUUUCACGCACCUUGGAUGUUCGCCAAGGUGGUCCUAGUUUUCAGUGAGUAUUGGUAAUCCUAAUAUAGUAAUUCUAUCAUCUGUUUCAUCCGUAGUAUCUAAAUUAACUGUCAGAUUUACAGAAUUAUAAAAUCUCAGAUAAGAAGAACAUACAAAUAAUUUGUAGAAACAUAUUUGUCUGUUAUUAGAGGUGAAAAGUGCUUCAAACACUUAAGAAUUUUAGUUUUCCUAUAUAUGCUUGUAUAAUAGUCAUUCUUUUCUCAAAUGAUACUGGUCAUUUGAAGUCGGAAAUUCGGUUAUGUGCAUAGAGUUAAAUCGGUAAGAUUUUUCAUAACCGGGUUGGUGGAUGUGAUUAUUUAACUAACGUGAACGUUAUCAGCGAAAAUGUCGAAGAUGUAUAUUGUGCUUAUUAGUCGGAUUAUGGCCAAAACCUGAAUUGAUACCUUGUUUUGUUGAUACUACCCCUAGUUUUUCCUGCCUGAAGUCCACUCAAACUAAUAUACUACUUCGAUGUAGAAAGUUCCUCCACUUAUCUAAUAAGUGUCCUAUUUAAGUAUGUCUAUAAUCUAACAUACAUUUUUAACUCUGUACUUGACCUCAACAUUGAUCAAUCAGUAGAUCAGCUAAUCAGAAGAGGUGUAUUAUAUACAUCGGUAAUCAACUUCCAUUAAUAAAUCUCUCAUUCAUACCUCUUAAAACAGAUAAGAUGUUUGACUCCUAGUGUUAGCCCUACGACUACCAAAUGUCCUAUCAUCUCUCAGGUUACGAUAUAACAGGCUACAGUAUGACAGUACGGAAUGAUACCUGUUUAAGAGGAACAUUUAAGGUAGAACUUUUUGAGCGGAAAUCUUUUUGUGCUGGUCUAUAUAUAUGUUUAGAUACAAUGAAGAAUCCUCAAUUUAACUUGAACUGAAUCUACUGGAACUGAGAAUAAAUCGGACUAGCUAUAUUUAUUAUCUUAACUGUUAGGUGAUCAGAUACUAUUAAUGCACAAGCACUUUAAUCAUUCUCAUUUAAUUCAGCGAUUCGAAAUUAGAAGUUUACAACCAACGCAAAAAUAACAUACGUAAUAUAUGUAGUACAACACUGUAAAGCAUUUG